CGGGAUGGACCGGGCCGUGGUGGUGAGGGCGGACCGGGAACCGGGAUGGACCGGGCCGUGCUGCAACUGAAGCAGCAGCGGGACAAGCUGCGGCAGUACCAGAAGCGGCUGAGCCUGGGGCUGGAGCGGGAGCGGGCGCUGGCCCGGCAGCUGCUCCGGGACGGCAAGAAAGAGAAAGCCAUGCUCCUGCUGAAGAAGAAACGGUACCAGGAGCAGCUUCUGGAUAAAACAGAGAACCAGAUCAGCAACCUGGAGCGGAUGGUCCAGGACAUUGAAUUCACCCAGAUUGAAAUGAAGGUCAUCGAGGGCCUGAAAAUAGGCAACGAGUGUCUGAACAAAAUGCACCAGGUUAUGUCCAUAGAAGAGGUGGAAAGGAUAAUAGGAGAAACCCAGGAUGCUGUGGAGUACCAGAGGCAAAUAGACGAGCUCCUGGCUGGCAGCCUGACCGAGGAGGAUGAAGAUGCCAUUCUAGAAGAAUUAAAUGCUAUUACUCAGGAACAGUUGGAGCUGCCAGAAGUUCCUUCAGAGCCGCUCCCAGAGAAGAUCCCAGAGGUGUCACCCAUCAAGAACAGGCCAAAGCCAGAGCUGGUGGCAGCAUCUUAACUCCCAGUGCUGGGGAUUCCCCCACGAAACUUUCACCCUGGACAGUUUGCCCUCCCAGUGUGUGCUGGGGACAGGCAAUGCCUUGGCAGCAUCCCAGCUGUGCUGGGUGGAUUGUGGAGCAGGAUUCCCUGCACAGGGUGGGGAACCUCAGCUGAUUAUCGCUCUUGUAUCAAGAUUAUUUUCUAGUGCUUUCUUUUUUUGUAACUUAAAUUCCAAACUCACUCAGCUGCGCUGUCUCGGGAUUAAACAGCAACUCUAAAUCAUCCAAAGCCAAAUUUUUCUCUGUAGGUUUGAUUCUGGUGGUCAGCCUGCCUAUGCUCUGGCCAAAUCCCAGGAAAUCCCAGGCUCAGAGUGAGGAGUUUGUGCUGGGCAGUGCUGGGUGAGCAGGAGCCCUGUGCAGCGCUCUGGUGUCCGUGUCCCUCCGUCCCUUCUCUCUGCUGGCUCCAUCUGUCCUGUCCUGCUGCACACUGGGCACUGCUGCAGCGCUGAGCUCUGGCCUGGACUCUGCCCUGGCUCGUGCAGAACCAACCCCAGGGGUUUGGUUUGGGCCAGGCUCAGCCUGGGUGCUCAGCCCUGCUCCUGCUGCAGUGGCUGUGGCUGGGCAAAGCCUGAUCUGCUGUGAGCUGGGGAGCCAGCCCUGGGCACAGUUCAGCCCUGGGCACAGUUCAGUUCAGCCCUGGAGCCUGUGGAGCUGAGCCUGAGCAGCCCUGGGCUGGCAGAAGUUUCCUGCAAUGGCAGCAAGGAGCUCCUGCCUGGGUUAGGAGCCAGGAUUCCUCCUCGUGGCUCUGCUCCAGUGCCACAGUUCACCUUUGGCCUUUGGGAAGGACUGGUGGAUCACACAGACUCUGCUCAGCUGCUCCUGCCGGACGUUUCCUCGGCACUCGGACACGUUCCUUGGCUCCUGCUGCCGGACACGGGGCCUGAGGCUCCAGAAAUCAGCACUGCAGAGGGCUCUGGGAGCAGCUCCAGGGAGCCCCAUCCCCUCUGAGGACUCACUCGGGUGCUGGAGGGUCUGGAACACUGCCUGGGCAGCAGAUUUGGCUGCUCUUGGAACGAGCUCACCUGCCAGCUUGCAGAUGCUCUUCAGGACACUGCAGAUUUCAUUUAUUAUGUUCUUGAAGUCACAACCCCUAAUCUGUAUUUCUGUGACAGCAGAAGGACAGAGGGUCCUUGGAGACUUUGUGGGGCAGUUGUUGGGGUUGUGGGAUCUGGUGCUAGACAAAAAGUGAUCCCAGGGACUGGGAUCAUGGUGCUGGGCCAGCAGCAGCUCUGGGUGGAGUAAUGCUCUCUGUGUCCUCUCUGUUGUGUUCCAAAGACUGGCCAUGUUAUGAAUGAGCACAAUGGGCUAUUCAGAUCAAUUAUU